AUGUCUGCAAGUGCCCUGCUGUGUCUGCUUCUUCCACUGCAAGCUGCUCUCAGCCUAGGCAGCGACAGUCAAGUCGAGAUCAACAAGCCAGUCACUUUACAAGUUACCUGGACCGCAUCCUUUUACAACCGCACCUCAGGAGAACAUUGGAUCUCAGGCUGGUUAGAUGACUUGCAGACUCAUGGGUGGAACAGCAGCUCUGGUAAAAUCAUUUUCUUGUAUCCCUGGGCCCGAGGCAACGAGAGCAAGGAGUGGCCCACGUUGGAGAGGUCUAUCAAAGUGAUCAUUGUUACAUUUCACACGGAUAUAUUUGUAUUUCAUUUUGAAUAUCUCCUUGAGAUGCAAUUUUCAAAAGGCUGCAGGCUGCAUUCUGGGAAUGUCGUAGAAGGUUUCUUCUGGAUAACUUCUCAAGGAUCUGAUUUUCUGAGCUUCCAAAAUGAUUCAUGUUCACCGUCUCCAAUGGGCGGAAAAAAGGCUCAGAGUAUCUGCCAACAAAUCAGACAGCAUCCAAGUAUCAAAGGCCUGAUUCAUAGGCACAUUUAUGAUGUUUGCUCACGUAUCCUCUCGGGUAUUCUUGAUGCAGGGAAGGCUCAUCUUCAGAGACAAGAAAGGCCUGAAUGUUGGCUGUCCACUGCCCCUAGCCCUGAGCCUGUUCUUCUGCAGCUGGUGUGCCACGUCUCUGGCUUCUACCCAAAGCCCGUGUGGGUGAUGUGGAUGCGGGGUGAGAAGGAGCUGCCUGAAACUCAGAGAGGGGAUGAGCUGCCCAAUGCUGAUGACACGUGGUAUCUCCGAGUGACCCUGGAUGUGGCAGUGAAGGAGGCAAAUGGGCUGUCUUGCCGAGUGAAGCACAGUAGUCUAGCAGGGCAGGACAUCGUGCUCCACUGGGAAUCCACAGAGCAUCACAGUUCCCUGGGUGUGAUCUUGGUGGCAGUGAUGGUGCCCCUGACUGUUCUGGCAGGUCUUGUGUUUUGGUUUGGGAAGCGCUGGAUGAGUUCUGAAGCUGCUCCAAAUGUCUACCCUUGAAAUGAAGACCAAGCUGUUCAGAUCUUGGCAUAUGCUCAAACCUGAUCAUCUGUCUAAAUGUAACAUGAUGAUGACAUGAUCCCCACAAAACUUUUGGGGUUGUUUAUGACUGCCUAAUG